UCAACGGUGACUGGAUUUUCUGUUAAAUACUAACGAUCAAUGCUGGUAAACUCUAACAGACAAAUAAUUUAGGACACAAAUGUCAUAUUGGAUACUUUAGGACACAAAUGACACAUUUUUCAUAGUUUGGGUUUCCUAGUGGUAUUAGCCCAAAAACAAACACUAGUAUUAGUCUUCUCUUAGCCUCCAAUUCAUCAAAUUAAAGAUUACCAAUGACAAAAAUUUGAGAUGUCACCUCUUCUCCAUUCUCCUUAUCCAUAUCCUAGCUCUAUCCAAACUCAAGACUCUUUGCUUAGUCUCUUUGUCCUAUAUUAAGCAAUCAAAUCUAAUUAAUUUCUUAUUCGUUAAUACCGAUUGGGAUACCGAAGUACCGAUUGGGAUACUGAAAUAUUUAGAGAUUGGGAUUCGGAUUGAAUUUAGGAUGUAAUUCGGUAUACGGUAUUUGGUAUUGGGAUACCGAUACUGUACCGAUUUCCACCCCUAGGUGCAAUUAUGCUCGGAGCAGAUGAAGGUGCCUUUCAUGAUCUUGAUCAGAUGGAAGAUGUCCAUCCAAAUCUAGUUAGUGACCCUGAGGAUGAAGAAGAGGAAUGCGAUUUCAGUGCAGACAACUUCGAUCUUCUUGAAGGUGCUGAUGAUUCUAGCCCAAUUCAGACGCAGACGGUGAUGAGGUGCCUCGUGACCGUGUACCUAUCCCGUACUACAAUCACAUUCCAAAUGAAAAUUGAUAUGUUAAUGCCGAGAUGGAGCCCCCAGAGGUGCCAGUAUGGGGUCCACUCACUGGCUUUACGAAGGGUCAACAAAUUGUUGGAUUUUUUGGGAGGAAAAAUCCCCCGAUCAUGACGAGGAUGUAGACACGUGCAUAAACUUCUUUAUCACGCUCUAAACUUUCUUCCGUGAGGGGAACGCCUCCAAACUCAGGGUUGUGCUUACGCCUGAUCUCCGCUGUCAACCAAGUGAUGGAUACUUGGCCAUUGGACAAUGGUGGACGACCAUCCGCAUCGUGGUCUCCUUUUUCUGGCGGUACCAACCCUAUGGCACUCCAUAUGAAAUGCUGCCAACCGCUCAUAUUCGCAACAGCUUUAGCUGGUGGAGUAGAGUCCACACAAAUAACAUCGUAAUCGAUGGGCAAAUCGGUUAGGAUUGCGAUGUCCUUAAGUGUGAUGGUGAACUCGCCUUCACGAAAGUUGAAGCAAUGUGUCUCCUUUCGCCAUCUCUCCACCAAUGCGGUGAUGAGUUGGGGGUCGAUCUUUAUCCCAUUAAAGUGCCUAAUGGGAUCCAAUCUUUCCCUUCUUAGAAAGGGCAAGAUGACGUCGUUCCAUGCAAGCACAUACGUCGUACCCCUAUAGCGGACUAUAUGGUAUACAUCCUAGCGAAUAAUUUAACUUUCACUAUAAGUUUAUGAUUUAUACAUAUAUAAAUCUAUUAUAACAAACAAUAUCAAUUAAUGAAAUCAAGGUUUUUUCCCCAAGAAAUAUACAUAAUUUAAAAAACAAACAUAUUAAGCGUACUAUAAUAAUUAAAUAAAAUGAAUACCAUUUUCAAAAUUUAAACAAAAUUACUUUGUACACAUACUCAUAAAAUCAAAUAUAUUAUUUUGUACUUCGUAUUGAUUGUUUUCAAUAAUCUAAAGCAAUACAAGUACACUCGUAAGACUCUUAGGAGAGGUAUACAUCUCCUUAGAAACACAGCCUGAUUGACAGAAAAAGAGGGGAUCCGAGGAUCGCUUAGAACCCGAUUUUCCCGGGAAAUGGGAGGAUCAUGAUGAUCUCUUAAGACCCAAUUUUCUUAGGCAUGCAUUUCUUUAUAAAAAGUAUAAUUAAGU